AUGCAUCAUCCUAUUGAUCUCAACGUAGUUGCACGCGUCGUUUCCUCGAGCCUUGGGACAGACGGCGUCGACUAUCGGUAUCAAGAGGACUGCGGAAUGUCCGACACGUCCACUUUCGUCAAGCUUGUCAACGCCACCGAUGUUCAUGAUACCAUCAUCGUCAGCGUCGCGACGCUCGUUACCAUUGACAAGUUUGAUGCGGGCCUCCUUCAACACAACCCCGAGUUUGGGUUCUCUUGGGUCGCCUAUAAGCAUCUCGACGGGUGGCCACUCUCCUCAAACUGGCACCAACUUCAGCCAGCGAUUCGUGCGGCAGUCGUCCACAACCUCGCUACAUUUACGAUCAAUCUCGCGGCAGUUCGGCGCAGUUUCCGUGAGAACUCGGCUUCUAGUGCAGACUAUGUUGGCUCUGUCACCCAACCACGGGCUGUUCACUUGCAUCCUCUCGCAAAGGAGCGAGACUAUCGUGUGACCACCCACGACUUUUUGGUUAACAACACGCACGCACGGCUCCUGAAGCAACUCACGACGAUGCAUUGCUUCAAGCUCCAGAGAGGCAGAGCGCCCCCCGGUUCCAAGGUGCUCGCCGUGGACCAAGUUCACGCUGUCUCACCUGUUGCACAGUUGGUGCUCGAGAUGUCGUAUCCGACCGUCUUGGCCCAUCUCAACCUGGACCCACAGAACAUUUGGAUCGAUCCCUUUUCUGGUGAACUCACGGCGAUUCUGGGUUGGGAGCUCGCUCAUUUUGCACCGACCUGGAUGGCAAGCGCACCUCCUCCAUGGCUACUCAACGAAAAGGCCGACUUUAUGCUUCAAGCUGAGAAACGUAGCGAUCCUUGGAAGAUUUGGCGACCCCACUUUCACCACCCGUCUAAGAAUAUUGGAAAAGAGAUGAAGACACUUCGCCAAGUCUGGGAUGCGUCUCUACGUUCGAGUGAUGCAUUCAAGGGGACCCGAGCUCGAGAUGACCUCGCAAGGAUGGCGAUGAGGGCCUGCUUUGUGGAAGAGGACAAGCUGAUCAAGUCUCUUCAUUGGGCUAAGCAUGUGGUAUCUCCGGCAUCCUCCACUUUCUUUCGGAUCAUCUUUCUCAGACACAACCUCGCCCUUCUGGUGCUCGCGUUCGUUUUGGUCGUUCUCUACACAGGAUUUGGAGGGCAAAUGGACCUGGCAAGGAUGGCACGUGGUGUUCCGCCAACAGCCGCUCUCGCAGCUUUGCUCCUCACGGUAAUCGGUUACUGUUUCACACCCCAAGCAGUGAUCAUAAUGAGUCCCAAGAAGGCCGCAAAGCACGUUCUCGUUAUCGAGUCCGUUCUUUUCAAGAGUCAACUCCCAUGGCUGUUUGGUUACACGGCGAGCGAGGCGAAUAAGAAGAAGGCACUGGAGGCGGUCCCGUGCUCUCCUGCGACCAGCAUUGUACCCAAUGGUGUCUACAUUCCCAAUCUCAUGUCUCGUGCUUCGACUGUCGCUGGCACCCAGUAG